GUUUGCCAAAAAUGCAACGGUUACCGGUUCGUGUUUAUUGAGUGAAGCUGGAAAGGUGAGACAGAGAAAUAGGUGAAAAUUUGGAAGAAUAAAGGAUGAUUUUAUCAAAAUAAACCUCCAGUCACGGUAUUACAAGCGUGUCUUUCUCUGAUGAACAACAUGGGAAGUUUGCCAGACGUAACCGAGCUGAGAACCAGACUGGAGAACACUCUACUGUCCUACCACAGUCUGGGAGAGGAGGAGUGGAGGGUGGCAAAGAAAUCGAAAGACGUCACAGUGUGGAGGAAACCGUCAGUGGAGUUUAAUGGCUUCCUGUAUAAAGCUCAGGGGCUCGUUAUGGAGAAUCCGCAGCGGAUCGUAGAUUAUAUUCGGCCGGGACCCUACAGGUUGGAGUGGGACAGUCUGAUGACUUCAAUGGACAUUGUAGAAACACUGGACAAGGCGUGUUGUGUGAUGCAGUACACGACUGCAGGACAGCUGUGGAACAUCAUCUCCCCCCGCGAGUUUGUGGAUUUUUCCUACACCACGGAGUACCAGAACGGCCUUCUGUCCUGUGGUGUGAGUGUGCAGUAUGAAGAGCAGAAGCAGAGCUGUGUUCGUGGGUUUAAUCACCCGUGUGGUUGGUUCUGUGUUCCUGUGGAUGAAUCUCAGAGUCUCCUGACCGGCUACAUUCAGACUGACCUCAGGGGGUUGAUACCUCAGACUGCUGUGGACACCGCUAUGGCCAGCUCACUCACCAACUUCUACACUGACCUCAGAACAGCACUAAAAACAUAACAUACACACUCACCACCUUCUACCCUGACCUCAGAACAGUUACGUUAUUUAAAAAUUAGAAAUACAUUAUGUAAGUAAUUACAAAAAUACAGUUAUUCAGUUAAAAAAUACUUAAGUAAAAAAA